UGUAAAAAUCAAACUAAAAAGUAUAGAGUGAGUGUGCUGUAUGUAAGCUGGGUUUAUGUGUAGCAGUUUAAUGUGCUCAGUUUUUUUGGCAUUCUAGUCAUUUUGGAUUGUGACAUCAGUAUGUCAUGCUGUUGAUAGAUUUUGAUAUAAAGUAACAAAACGUUUCUGUCAAGAGUUAUUCAGUGGACUGACUGUUGUCUGUAUAUAUCAAAUACUUCAGGGCCUGAAACUGAAACUGGAGCACAAAAGUGAAUAAAAAGACUUCUGGGAGAAAGAAAACAUGCAGAAUCUGUGUGCUACAAAUGGGAGAAAAGAGCAGUGCUGUGGAGAGCACAGACGGAGACUGGAAUUAUUCUGCCAGGAAGAUGAGGCCUUUAUUUGUGUCCUGUGUGUUCCCAGACAUUCCUGCCACAACUUUGUGUUCCUGCAUGAGGCAGUCAGUGUGUAUAAGGACAAAAUCAAAGUUUCCUUAUCAGUUCUUGAAUCCAAACCUAAUGAUCUCAGAAACUUACCAAACAAGAAAGAAAAGGAACUUGGAGACAUACAGGAAGAUGCUUAUAGCUUGGAACAGUACAUUACACAAGAGUAUGCAAAACUGCACCAGUUUCUUCAUGAUAAAGAACAAAAACUAAUCCAACAGCUUAAGGAUGAAGAAGCAGAAAUUCUGAGACAGAUGAAAACAAAACUUGAAAGCGUAAGAAGUUAUCAACAGAUUUACAUUUACACAAUAUGUAAUUGCAAGUAUAUUAUAAAUUCUUGCAGGAUUUCAUGAUUAAAAUACAGCGCAGCUGUUUCAUUCUGCUUGCAUAUACUGAUCAUUCUUGAUUUUCUCAUUGUAGAAGAAAACCUUGUGUUGGGCA